AUGAAGUGGAGGAGAGGAGCAGGCAUUUAUACUGGGAAGGGAGAUGGAGGGGGAGACACAGUUGAGCUGCAGGUUAAUGGGGGGGGCUCUAAUCAAGGGGGCCUCGGCCCCAGGCUUGGGAAUUCCCCAGAAGAUGAGGGUGGGCGAAAGCUGAACGAACUCAGUUCGGGCUGGGGGAGAAUCCAGCAGAGACGGGUGAGGAGAGCGCCCCGAGUCCGGGCCGGUGCGGAAACUCGGGACCGCGCCGGGAGAGCUUGGUGCGAGGCCAGGUCUGGGUCUGGGGCCGAGCACUCACCUGGGCGCCGUCAGCAGCAGGAGCGGGGGCCGGCGCUGGCGGGGGCGGCCACGGGGCGCAAGUUUGCCAUCCCUAAGUCGGGGACCGGGCCGGACGCAGGGCAGGUCGCUGCAGCCGCGCGGAGGGCCGAGACUGCCGCUCCCCCGGGCGGCGGGUGCAGAAAAGGCGCCGCGGAGCAGCGCGAGGCGGGCGGGCGCCGGGCCGGGAGCGGGCUCCUGCCGCUGCCGCCGCCACCGCCGCCGCCGCCGCCGCCUCCUCGCCGCGCCGCCCCCCGCUCCCCCCGCCCCGAACACCGCCCGCGCCGCGCGCCGCCUCCUAUUUGCAGGCGGCGGCCGCAGCUCCGGGCUCUGAGAGCCGGUGCCGCAUCCUCGGUCUCCGAGAGCCGCCGCCGCUGCCGCCGAACCCGGUUCCUCUGGCCGCUCCGGCCGCUGCCCGCAGCGCGCGCCGGGCCGAGUGACGGCCGAGGCGGGACGCGGCGCCUGCGCGGGCCGGGCCCGGGAGGGGGCGCGCGCCGGGCCGGGCGCGAGGAGCCGCGGGAGAAGGGGCGGGGGGGCGGGGGCGACGCGCGCCGCCUCCUGUUAAAGGGGGAACAGCGCCAGCCGAGCCGAGCGCGCCCCCCACCUCCCUGCCUUGAGCCCCAGGCGCCGGCGCGGGAGAAGCCCUGGUUCCAUGAAGUGAGGGACCUUGUCCAUCCAUUCACAGCUGGAGCCUGUGGCACGCAGCACCAGGUACAAGGCCUUAAGGUCAGUGAGCCCUGGCAGCCAUUCCAGACAGCCAGAGAUGGCAGCACCAUCCCCUCUACCCACAUCCUGAGGCUGGUGGAUAUGCAGGAGGCAGAGACGCCUAAGAAGAGCUGCUCCCAGCUUCCUUCCGUGGACGAGGGGUUUCCUCCUGAAGACCAUCACAAUCUGAAGCACUCCACCUCCACCAGCCCUGCCCUGGUGUUUUCACCUCUGCUUUCAGUAAGUGAGAUAAAGAAAGCCCUCUACAGCCAAGAAUUCUCAAAAAGCAAAGGCAGCUCUCAUGGGACUGUAGCAGAGCAGACUGAACUGCAGCAUGAAGGACUCUGGGCAGGCUCAAGGAAGAACCUCCUAGCCAUCAGAGCUCAGGUGGUCCCUAAAGUGAUCCCCCAAUGGGGAAGGGGAGGGGGCUUGACCUAUCCAAGGGGUGUCAGGAAGAAGAAGCUGGGAUGAAACACGGAUCUUUCCAGAGGCAGGGGGAUGACCUGGCUGACUUGCCUGAGAGCUUGGUUCUCACUUGGGGGGCUGCUACACUAUCUCAAGGCCCAUCGCUCACAUUAAUUACCGAGAAAAAGCCGAUUCCUCCUCAUUUCCAGACUCCAAAUGACAGUAUCAUUAGGCUGGUAAUGUGCAGAGAAAUUGCUCUCAUGUCUGUCUUAGAAUAUGUCCUGAGCCAGAAUGUGUGAGGGCGCCCCCAGCAGGGGUUUGUCUCCAAGACACUCCCCGUGGCUGAGGGCCAGUCUUCAGAAGAGAUGCUGUGCCACCAGAGCAGAGAUGCUCUCCCUCUCUGUUCAAUGGGCAAUUCAGUCAUAGCAGGCAAUAGUGUGGGCAAUAGCCCACAACACAGAAACCCUGCCACACAUGAACAGAGUCACUCUUGACUUACCACAAGGACAGGAACUCCCUGAUCGGGGCUGAACUUGAACUUGAAGCCUACCUGCUGUGCCACUGUCCUUCCCAGUCUUGCCUGGAUACUUUUCUCUGAGCUCCUAUCCACCUCUGGACCAAGAGGCAUCUGGGCGCCAUCUUGGCUCAGGGAAGGAGGAGUUGGCUGUUCCUGAACAUUUUCUCUUCCCUCAGCAAAGUCAGCUUCCUGGAUGUGAACGGAACACUGCCUCCUAGCCCUGAAAAACUCGCCUCUGCUCACAACUCUUCACACGCCUCUCCACACUUGUCAUGUAUAGUGCUCUUUCAAACCCACUUGACACACGAGGAAACUGAGGCUCAGAGAAGCAAGGCCAUUUGCCCAAGUUCAAGCCUCAGAGCUGAGCUUGACCCCCAGGUCUGCCUGAGGCCAAAGCUCAGACCGAAGCCAGAGGCCUCAAUUCAAUCCAUACAGGACUCCGAAGCUCCCGCCCUCAGAGCUGAGGUUGGUGAGGCAGAGGCAGGAUGUGAAAUAUAAUUAUAGCUCAGUGUGAUGCACGCAUGACACAAAAGAGGAGAUCCAAAAGGUUGAUCCUCCCCAGUAAUCAAAGAAAUGCAAAUCAAAACAACAGUAUAAUGCGGUUUUACCUAUUGAAAUUAAGACAGAUUUUGUUUUGUUUUGUUUUGUUUUUUAAAGACAGCACCAGUGUUGUGAAAACUGAAAUCUGGGCCGCUCUCAGACUCCAUUGAUGAAAGGGUAAAUUAGAACAACUUUUCUAGAAAGCUCUAACACAGGGCAGGUGUGUUAGAGAUUUAAAAACAGAUAGACCCUUUGGUCUCAUCAAGCUACUUGGAAGAACUCAAUCCAAAAAAUAACCGCAGCUGUUAAAAAGCACCAUGUACAAAGAUGCUUAUUACUGUUAUUUACAACCAUCAAAAAUCGUAACAGCAUAAAUGUCUAGCAAUAGAGGGUUGGAUAAAUAAAUUGUGAUAUAUAAAGAUAUUAUGCAAACAUUAAAAGUCAUGUUCUUGAAGAAUUUUUAAUAACCUGGGCAGAUGCUCACAAUAUAAUGAUACGUGAAACAAAGCAGGAAAGAAAACCGUACAUAUAGAAUGGCCUUUAUUUUAGAAAGAAAGUAUUUCAUCAAUUCAUUUAAAGAAGUCUGGAAGGAAAUAAACUGAGAGGUAAUCUGA